CUCCUAGAAGAUGACUUCCAGUUCGUCCUUUGCGAGGGCUGCCAGCAGGAAUCGCCCAACCUCAAGCUCCUCACCUGCCUCCACACCUUGUGCCUCAGUUGCCUGAACAAAAACAAGGCCAUUGGGCAGUGCCCCUUGUGCUGGACGGCCAUCCCACACUCCAACAUCAUCCCUGACACAGACAACCUGCUCUUCGCCAACCUGCAGGCCAGGCUCAGCAUCUACAAGAAGAUUGUUGAUGGAGGUGACUUGUUCUGUGACAACUGCAAGAAAGCCGGCGACUUCUGGUGCUCUGAAUGCAAGGAGUUCCUCUGCACCAGCUGCUUCGAGGCCCACCAGCGCUACCUGAAGAGGGAGAGCCAUGAAGCCAAGAAGGUGAUGGACAUCAGGGCAGGGUCUGCUAAGGACUUCCUCGAGGGCACCAGGAGGACUGGUAACUUGUUCUGCUCCAACCCGAACCACAAGAGCCAGGCUGUAAGCAUCUACUGCAAGAAGUGCGAGAAGCCUGUGUGCUGCAUCUGUGCGCUGCUGGACAGCCAGCAUGCCCCCUUCUGCGACAUCCGCAGCGAGACCCAGCGCAGGCAGGAGGAGCUGGGCACAUUGAGCCAGGAGCUGAAGCAGAAGAGAAGUGGCUUCGAGGCCACCUACAUGGCACUGCAGGAUGAGGCCGCUCAGCUGGAGCAGGCACAGCAGGAGAUGCGGGAGCAGAUCCAGCAGCGCGUGGAGCAGCUGGUGCGGCUGAUCCGGCAGGAGGAAGAGGAGCUGCUGGGACUGGUGGAGGUGCGGCAGGAGCAGGGCCGGCAGGAGCUGGCGAGAGAGCUGCGGCGCGUGGAGGGGUUGACGCGGUGGAUGUAGGCGGGCGAGCGGCUGGUGGAGAAGAUGAGCCUCUACGCCACGGACCAGGAGGUGAUGGAUAUGCAGCCCUUCAUCAAGGACUCUCUGAAGGAACUGAAGCGGCUGAAGCUGCCAGCAGCUGGGGACCGAGCACAGCCUGGGGACUUGGCUGAGUGCAGAGCCAGGCUGCAGACACUGGUGGAGCGUGUCAUGGGGCACCCAGCCUUCCUCCCCACGACAGGUACCUCCACUCCCCAGCACGACGCCCUGUCUGAAGACAAGACCACCCUGAUCCUCGACCUCGAGCCUCCCGGGGAGCAUUGCCAACCACAUGGAGGUGUCCCCGCAGGGCUGCCUGCCUACCACCAGCCCUGUGCCCCUAUGUCAGACCCCUCCAGCGGCAGAGGACAUGUGUGUCCAGACCAGGGAGGCGCUAUGUCCACCACCCAACCCACACCUCCAGCCCUUCUGAUGCAGAGGGAUGAAGAAGCAGAGGAAGACUCAGAGUCAGCCCAUGGGGACACUGUGCCUCCUUCCAGGAGCAUCCAGGACUCUUUGGCCUCUCUGCAGGAAGAUUUCAGUGGCUGGGCCAGGUCCAACGUGCAGCAGGUGGACAAGGUCCUGAAGAUCAGCGAUCGCCUCCUGCAAGCUCAGCACAGGGCAAACAGGCACCUGGCGUCUGUGACCCAUGAGAUCCAGGCCAUGUCCUGCUCCCUGGCCACCAUCGCCUCUGCUGUGGGACCCUUGCUGCAGCCUGUGGCCAGCCCACAGAACCCCCCCACUGCAGACAUGGACUGGACAUCGCUGCCUUCCAACUUGCUGGAGUUAUUCUCUUCCAGCACCCCGCAGACGCAAGAACUGCUGGUCUCAGUGGCUGCCAUGGCCCCUUCUUCCAGCAGACCCCCUCCUGCCACCACCUCUGCCAUCCCAGUGCGCUUGGAGUCCCCCAGCCCAGCCUCCAAGGAGGAAUGCCCCAAAUCAAGGAACACCACCAGGGGCAAGCAUGAAGCCACCCCAGCUCCAUCCACGGAAAACUCCCACCAGGUCCCCACCUCCACCCCUGCAAAGAGGAAGGAAGUCCAAAAUGCAAAUGUCCUGACAUCGCCAGUGAAGGUGAUGAAGGUUGAAGACAACGACGAUGGAUGGAACCAGAUGGUGCUGCAGCAGCCAAGCUGCUCGGACCAGCCUGGGACCAGCUGUUCAAUGUUCCCCACAGCUCUUGUCAAGGAGGAAAGCCUGCUGAAAGACAUGCCAGAUGGCAGUGGUGGGCUGCAGGACUCAGAUAGUGAUAUUCUCUGCUUGGACAGCUUUGAGGACGACAGCACUGAUGAGUCAAUGGACUCUGGUCUGCUAGAUGAUCCUGGCAACAUCCUUGAUGAGACCACCAACGAGGACUACCUGGGCCUUCCCAUCAGCAGCCAGAACACAUCGGACACGAGACAAGGAUCCCUGGUCUUCUUUGACGUGACUAUUUUGAAAAAUGAAAGCAUUCAGAUGACAGUGGUAGAUAGAGAGAAAGUAUUCCGAGUCCUGAUUCAGCCACUGAAAUAUUUGUCCAGCUUGAUGGCCAAAAAUAGUGUGUAUGAGAUCGGUCUGAACAACCUGCUGCGCUACCUCAAGACUGUCCACAAGCCCAUCCUGGGUGCCUUUGGUCUCUGGUCACUCCCCUUUCCCACCCUCUUGCAAGCAUUGACGGUCAUGAACAAGAAAGAAGAGUUCAACUCUGUUGUGUAUGGUUUCCUGGACCUUUUGCCCUUGAUUAAGGAGAAGAUCCCCAAAAGGGAUAACUACAAGCUGAAGAACUUGGCCAGCACUUAUCUCCGGCAGCACUUCAGUGACUGCAGCACCAUGGAGAAUGCCAACAUCGUGAAAUACCUGUGUGGGGUCCUGGAUGUCGACCUGGUGAAGAAACCCAGGCUGAUCCUCAGUCAAGCCAGCCUGGAGUCCUUCAUCUCCCUCCAGCCCUUGCUGGCUGAGAAGCUCCUCACCAAGCCAUCAGCCCAAACACUGGCUACCCACAACAUCGGCCUCUCUGAGCUCUGGUCCUACUACCAGGACAACCCUGAGAAUGGGUUCCAGAAAGUGUGCCGUCUCAUCAACGCUCACCGGCACAACUCCGAAAAGAAAGUCCGAAACCUAAGCAAGGUCAAGGUCUACUUCCAGCGCCAGGAGCAGUUGGCUGAAAGCCAGAAGACCCUGGCAGGCAGCAAUUUUCCAAGAGCCAUAAAGAGUGAGGAAGAGUGUUGA